AUGGAAUCUCUUGGUAUUGGAUCUUCAUUAAGUGUUCCUAGAAAACAUUUUUUUGGUCAAAGGACGGGAUGCCCUCCCCUUGAUACCGAACAAAUUCUACGGAGUUCACUAAAUAUCGCCUCACAGUUUCAAUUGAGGGAAUUACAAGAGAUGGAGAAGUCAAUCAUUAUUGGAACCGCUGCUGCUGCUAUGGAUGAAUUGGUGCGACUUCUAAAAAUAAAAGAACCUGUAUGGAUCAAGUCCCCAACUGAUGGGAGAUAUUUAAUUAAUCGAAAUAGCCAUGACAUGCUUUUUCCCAAGGCAAAUUAUUUUAAAGCCUCUAGUGCCCGGAUUGAGUCAUCCAAAGAUUCAGGAGUUGUGGCGAUGGCUACGACAAACUUGAUUGAGAUGCUUCUUGAUUCGGUAAAAUCUGACACUUGUCGUUUUCCCAUCACACGCUAG